AUGGCUCUCGCCGCUUCGGAUCCCCCUGGGUUGUACAAGGGCCGAUCUCCGCGAUCAUUUUCUGAAACAAAUGUCGCUCCCCACUCGAAGCGGCGUCGUGCGCGCUCGGUGUUUCGCUGCUGGGGGAACUUCUGCCUCAAGCACACAUGGGUCAUACCUCUCGUCCUGUUAACAGUUAUCCUCUCCGCCUACGCUGUGAAUCCAAAUGAUUCCAAUCCCAUACACCAGCUCAUCUUCCUCUCCUAUCCACUUCCUCCUGAAACACCCGAUGGACCGGUGAUGUAUGGGAAGGGCCCUGCCGACAUGGCCUUUGUGGUGUUUUACACAAUCGUGCUCUCCUUCACACGUGAAUUUUUGAUGCAGAGGAUGAUCAAACCGCUGGCGCGUCGCUGUGGAAUAAAGGGGAAGGCGAAAACUUCCCGUUUCAUGGAACAGUUCUACACCGCUGUUUACUUUGCCAUCUUCGGGCCCUACGGUCUAUAUGUCAUGAGUCGCACGAAGAUAUGGUACUUCAAUACGACGGCGAUGUUCGAAGGCUUCCCCCACAAGACGCACACUGCCGAUUUCAAGGCGUAUUACUUGCUUGAGGCAAGCUACUGGGCCCAGCAGGCCAUCGUUUUGGUUUUGCAGCUGGAGAAACCUAGGAAGGAUUUCAAAGAGCUUGUGGGACAUCACAUCGUCACACUGGCGUUGAUUGCGCUCAGCUAUCGUUUCCAUUUCACUUAUAUCGGCCUGGCUGUCUAUAUUACACAUGAUGUGUCGGACUUCUUCCUUGCGACUUCCAAAACACUAAAUUAUUUGGAUUCUGCAAUCAUGGGCCCUUACUUUGCGAUGUUUAUUGCCAUCUGGAUUUACAUGAGACAUUACCUGAAUCUCCGCAUUAUCUGGGCUGUCUUAACGGAAUUUCGAACUGUCGGGCCCUUCGAGCUCAAUUGGGAAACACAGCAAUACAAAUGCUGGAUCAGUCAGUAUAUUACAUUUGCACUUUUGAGCGCGCUGCAGGCCAUAAACUUGUUCUGGCUCUUCCUGAUUCUUCGAAUCGCAAAGCGAUAUCUUCUCAACAACAUCAGACAGGAUGAACGGAGCGAUAAUGAAGAGGAAGAGGAGGAAGUCGAGGAUACACCUCACAGCGACAAAACUAAUAAUGGUUCAACAACCGUCCCGACGAUAUUACUUAACGGAAACAGCCCGACAUCAGUUAGGAGAAGAAAUGCUGAUAAGGAGAAUGAAGUUUCUAACGGUGUUACCAAUGGCCGUGCGACUGGCUCUACGGCACAUUCACAUGCUGAAUCCUCGACACCCACCAUGAAUGGCAAGAAGUAA